CCCAUAGUGGGGUACUCACUACUCACCACAUGUGAGAAAAGAGAUGCGUAUUUAUGUAGGGCGGUCAUCUCUCACAGACAACCUCAUCAUCUGCCUCCUCCUACCGUCCUAUAUAUCCAUCCUAUAUAUGAAGAGAAUGAGAUGACAAGACGCCGCCGCACUAAUUAUUUGUCCAGAGGCUGUAAAGAUGCUUGGCUUGAUGGCAGCUCCAUGCCAAUCUCCCCAAGGAGAGAAUGAGCUCUACGAUGACUGCGAUCCUACGGUGUACGGAGCCCGGGCCCUGCUGCCCCGGUAGACCACCUCGGCGCCACCGGCUGGGCCGCCGGAGGCGUCGACAGGGUCGGGAAGGACCGCGACGGAGGCAAGGGCCCUGAAGGUCCACAGUGAGGCCGAGCGCCGGCGUCGGGUGAGGAUCAACGCUCAUCUUGCCGCGCUCAGGAAGAUGAUCCCUGAUACCAAGCAGAUGGACAAGGCCGCCUUGCUGGCCAGGGUGGUGGACCAAGUGAGGCACCUCAAGAGGAGAGCAAGCGAGGCCGCACAGCUAACGCCGGCCGUCCCGCCGGAAGCCGACGUGGUCUCUGUGGAAUUCUGCUGCACCGGGGACACCGACGACGACGAUAGACGCCUGUACAUGAAGGUGUCUGUCAGCUGCGACGACCGGCCGGACCUCGUCGCCGGGCUCAUCCAGGCGCUCCAUGGCCUGAGGCUGAGGACGGUGAGAGCUGAGGUGACCUCCCUAGGAGGAAGGGUGCAGCAUGUCUUCACACUCUGCAAGGAGGAAGAGGAGGGAGGCAGUGCAGGUCGUGCUGGACUGAUUUCUCUGAAGGAGGCUGUGAGGCUGGCUCUGGCCAAGGUCGCUUCUCCAGAGCUGGUGUGUGGUGGUAGCAGCGGCAGCGGCAGUCCGCUCCAGUUGCAGAGCAAGAGGCAGAGGAUUCUUGAGUCGCAUUACUCAAUCAUGUCCAUAUAGAUGAGAACUAUACUUCUGGAGUAUAUUUUUGUGUGCCAGAUUUGAGGUUGGGACUGCCGUUAGUGCUGUAAGAUAAGAUAGAUAGAUGCAGUCACUCCAGGAUAGAUAUCAUUGCAACAGGGUUUACACUGUGUGCCUGAUGCAGCAUGGCUGCCGACAUUCAGAUUGCAGAAAUCCUAGAUAAUGAAUUGAUGACGCAGGGUCACAUGAUUAGUUUGAC